AUGGAUCUCCGUUCCCCUGAGAGUGGCAUUCGCUACCUUGGAGCCCCCUCGGGCGCCAUCGCGGUGCCACCGCAACUCACUAGUGCCGCACUGCCGGCGUUGUGCUGCGCGGAACUCAUCGCGUGCGACGCCUCGCAGACGUACGUGGCGGCCGUCGGCAGCUACGGCCGCCGCGACGUGGUGCAGCUGUGGGACCUGCGCAUGACGUUCCGGCCGGUGUGCUGGCAUAUGCACUCUCGCGCCGGCUACACGUCGCUCAGCUGGUCUACGUGCGAGACGCCCACUGUGAUCGGCACUACACGCAACGGUGGGCUCCGGGUUCAUGCCUUCACCGACAUGCGCCCCGGUGAUGAGGACGACGAGGAGGAGGAGCGCGCGCUGUCUGGCACAGAGGACGACAAGACGUCGGUGCGCUCAGCAGGCACCGGGGUGCUGUUCUCACUGACAAAUCGUUUUAGUAGAUCGGCGGAAGAGCGGUGCCGCAUGCACGCGCGUGUGCCGGCAGCCAGUGUGGCGUGGCUGACGAAUCACCACGCCACGCUCGCAACAGUGUUGAAUGCUGACGCAGCAGCAAUAGCAGAGGGAGGGGGUAACCAGCGCGAGCCAUCACGACACGUGGAACUGGGAAGCCGCACCGACCUCCCAUGUGUUCUGCUGCUCAACGCCAAGACGGGGGAGCUGUACCCGCAGGUCUUCUCACCGGAGGGCGGAACAAUGACUAUGGUCGGCGAGACACCGCUCUGGAGUGCAGGACCCAACCUCUUUCUUCCUUUGCACGAGAGGCAGCCAGCAGCACAGCAGGCGAAGUGGCGUUGCGCAGAGUUGGAGGGGACGACGAGUACCAACAACAACAGCAUGGACAGCACGAGCACCCACGACCUCUUCGACGGCAGCAGCGAAGCCGAAAAAGGAGGCGGGCCCUUCUCCGGUUCACCAACCACUGUAGCGGACAAUAGAGGGGCUGUGGCGGGUAGCACCAUUAAAGCUGCUGCAGCUGCGGCUGUGGCUCUAAAGGAGACGAUGGGCAUCACCGGCGUUGAUCGGACGUCGUGGCGAUUAGAGCGUCUUCGCGCUGGUUUUUUACCACAUCCCUACAAACUGUUAUCGGUGCUCGCACGGGAGGGACGUGAUCGUGAGGCGUUCGCCCUCUUCCGCUACGGGUGGUACGCGCAACGCUACCUGCACCCGGGAAAGGCGGCACUGCCCACCGCAGACGUUAUCCCCGGUAUUUUGUCGCUUUUGCAACACGAGCGGCAGACGACGGCCCCGAGCCCCACCACUGCGACAGCUGCUUAUUCCCCGCAACAGACCACAGCACGAGUGCGUGAACUCAUUUUGUGUGCGAUGGGGUGGUGGGACAAUCAGGGCGAAGAGGAGGCGUUGCUUGAGACCGCAACAUCACCGACGACAACUGCGACAAUGGUCGCAUCGGCAGCAGCACCACCACCACUUGGCGGGGAUGCGAGAACCCACACAAAGUCUUCUCGCGGUAGUGUGUCGCCAUCGUGUCCGUCGGGUUUCAUAUCGCAGUCGAAAAGUCAACAUCAGCAACAACCACGCGAAAAGAGUUCUGCGGUAUCACCUCCGCAGUGGUCCCGGGCGAGUCUGGAUGAGAGUCUGGAUGUCGUCUUCCCAAUGACUCUUAUGCCGAUGGAGGAGUACGCAACCGGCUCUGUCCCUGCACUUGGACUAUUUGACCGUGUAGAGGCGGCUUCCCUGCAGGAGGCAGUGGAGCGACGAGCCGCCAUUCUUGUCUGCAUGGAGCGCUUCACGGAGGCGGCACUGUUGCUGUCUCACCACAGCCACCUGCAUCCUCUCUACACGAGCAUUGCGCUACAGCUGUCAGCGGCGGCGGUGGCCCACGACAACAGUUGCUUCCCCGUGUUCGCCCUGGAAAUCUCUGGAUGCAGCUACUGGAUAUCGCUGUGCCUGAGCUUUGUAGAGAAGGUUAUGGGGGCUGUUUCUUCUCCCACACAUGUGGACAAGUCAGAGCUGCACGACGCGAAGAACAACGCUGGCGGCAGCAGUAAUAGUGGCAGACUGUGCCGUCUCCCACUUCAGAUGCGCCGCGAAUGCUUUACGUUCUUCACAAAGCGUUUUCCGCGCCUGCCAUUGUCGGAUCGGAUCGCCCUCGCCACAUCACUGUUACUGCAGCAGCAGCAGCAGCAGACUCCCGCCGAGGACCACGAGGAACAAAAAAUCGCACUCUUGGAGGUUCUACGCGAGAUGACACAGCAGCAGUUUACCCCAGAAGUGGCAAGGGGCUCCUCGCUCCUCUUGGCUGCCGCGGUAGAGGGGCUCGACCGCAACUGCACCUUGCUCCAGCGCUACGUGGAUGAGACGGGCGAUGUGCAAACACCGCUGGUGUACGUCGCCCUCUACGGUCCGUCCAAGAGCAAGACGUGGCGCUGCUGGAACGACGCCUACCGCAGUCAGCUCAAUGCAGAGGGCUACGCCAUUUUGCGAAGCCACCAUGACCUUAGCUGUAUUAAGAUAGCACAGCUACGGGCGGGCGAAGGCGGCGCUGCAAACACCGGCGCGUUGCCAUUGCCGCUUGGCGGCCUUGACGGCUUUGCGCCGCCUGCCGUCAGCUUCAUCGGCGGCCCGUUUGGCGGCCUCGCGGGCGGCGCGGCACAAGACGCGAAGGGGAAGCAGCGGCGCGUGUGUAAAGACAGUGUUGAGUUGCGCUGCAAGUGCGGGCAGCCGGUUUCCACAACACCACCACCGCCACCACCGUCAUCAUCAUCAGCACUGAUGGGUGACAUUGCGAUGGCGGGGCGCCGUCAGCAAGCGUCCUGCAGCAACCCGAACUGCCUCACACCCAUGUGCACGGUGUGUGGCCAGAAGGUGUUUGACCGCAGUGGUGGAUUUGCUUUGGAGAGGUGUUUUACAUGGUGUACCGUCUGCCUACACGGAGGCCACUGGGCACACCUGCGCGAUUGGUUCGCGAAACACCAGACGUGUCCAGCAGAGGACUGCCCGUGCCCCUGCUCCCACCCCUCAUUGCUGCAGGAUGUGUGA